AUGGCUUCUAAACAGCUAAACCAAGUGCCUAAAGCAGAAAACUUACUACCCCCUUUAAGCCCACUCUCACAGGCCAUCAACAGUCCUAUCUUGUCCUUGACCAUCACCAUAGUUUUUGAAUUCGAAAAAUCCUUCAACAAGUCUCAAACCAUUGAAUUACUCAGAGAUGUGUUGGUUCCGACUAAUCCUCGCCUCUCUUGUAUCAUUUUUCAGGAUACAAAGGGGGUACAAAGAUGGAAGAAAGUAGAUCUCAAGAUCGAAGACCACAUUAUUGUUCCCACUUUUCCUUCCGGGUUAUCCUCACAAGACUCUCACAAACAUUUUUACGAAUACCUGUCUGAAAUAUCUAUAGAACGACUUCCAGCUGAGAGACGGCCUCCAUGGGAAGUCCAUCUGAUCAUGUAUCCCACAAGUAAUGCAACCAUGUCGUCUCUCGUGUUUAGACUGAACCAUGCGCUUGGAGAUGGGUACUCACUAAUGAGUGCAAUGUUUUCGUCCUUCAAAAGGACAGAUAAUCCUUCACUUCCUAUUACUUUUCCUUCUUCGUCUUUGUCUUUGUCUUCGUCGUCAUCGACAAGGUAUGGAAUACGGAUGAAGUGUUUGUCCAAAAUGUCAAGUUUUAUCUCUAGGUGCCUUAACACAGUUUCGGACUCUAUUUCGACAUUGUUGCAAGGCAUGUUCUUAGAAGAUGAUAAGACGGCCAUCCGGUCGGCUACACCUCGAGUGGAGUUUGAGCCCAAGACUAUUGCGUCGGCGGUUAUAUUCGACCUUGGUGAAAUACGGCUAGUUAAGAACAUAGUUGGAUGUGUAGUGGCUGGAUUGAUGUAUUCGACUUGUAAACAUACAAGCAUUGGGAUUUCUAAUAUAAUUGGUCCAAUGCAAAAGGUGGCACUAGCAGACAAUCCAGUUAAUGGCUUUUACUUCACUGUAGGAGGUGUUCCACAGAGCCUUUUCUUCACAGUGAUGAGUUACAUGGGGAAGCUAAGAGUGAUAACAUUGGCAGAAAAAGGGUUUAUUGAUUCUGAAUUGCUUAUCUCUUGCAUGAAGGAGGCUUUUGGAAAUAUUUUAGAAGCAGCAAGUAAUAAGUGAUCGAGCAGUAG